AUGAUUCACCAACACUACGACCCACAGCAGAUCAUUUGGUUUCUUCGGAAUUUCUGGAAGUACACCCGUGAGGACCUCAUCCAGCUCUGGAACCACCAGUAUGAGGAUGCGGAUUUCGGCAAGAGCCAGUACCAAUGGCUGAAGAGCCGCUAUGGAAUGAAGGGUGAAUGGGGGGCCGUUCUCAAUACUCCUCCGUAUCCUGGGGCCCGACCAGGCGGUCCGGGAACAGAGAGUUUCGUUCCGGCCAACAUUCCCACUCAGCCGCCGCGGGUGACGUUGCGGACACAGUCGAGCUCUCCUGCUCCGAAGCUGGCCUCUGGCCAGCCAAACCCAGAGGCGAUGGCUGCCAUCUACAAUCCGGCCACCGGUCGUACCAGAAUCAUGAGCCGUGGUGCCCAGGGAGCUCCUCGGCCAAACACUGGCCCUUCCAGUCACCCUAUUGCACCGUCUGCUUCUACGACGAUGGCACCGGUGAUGAAGACCACAGCAUCGGCUGCCAAUACACAGGGUACAUACGUGGCCACCAGCAGUGGAAAUACCAUCGGAGGCAACAAUGGAAGCAGAGGGAGCACUGGUAUUAGCAGCUACCACUUUCCCUACCCGCUGACAAGCUCCUUUGUGACCCCUUCUUUCUUGACAAUGCCCCUGUCUGCAAUGCCGACGUCCAACCCGGCGUCGUGCGUCCAGCCGCAGGCUCUUCGCUACGGCUCUCUGGGCUCCUCGUUGCCGUAUCAUCUCGCGGCUUCGGCGCAGCCUUUCAUGCAUCUAGGCCAUGCCUUGGACAGCGACGACUCGUUCUCGCUUGGCGAUGUCCCUUCAGGCUACGGGCUGGGCGGAAACUCGCAGUUCACGGCCCUUGCGCCCGCAUUCACAACGGCACCCUCUGUUCCUACUCAAGCAUAUGCAGGCAUGUCUGCCAGUGGUCCGUUGAUGCCCGAAAACGUGUUUGGAGGUGCUCCCGCCCCAGUGCUGGGCACAGGCCGAAUUAUGGGCCACAAUGCAGGUCCCGGACAGCACAUGGGCAUGGAGAUUGGCACGGAAGAGGGCGAUGGCCAGACGGGUGCAGUGCGCUUCUCGCCUGCCAGGCGAACGGGGUCGGCAAACAAACGGAAGCGCAGGGGCGUGUCGGUGGACGUGGAGCAGCCACAAAGCAAGCGGAUCGUUCUGGACCCGACCGCUCGUAUUUCUGCCGCUGCCGAUUUGGUGGCCGCCAAGGUGGAGGCUCCUCGCAGCAACAGCAGCAGCAACAGCAGCACCGUGACCGCUGCUGUGGCCACGACAUCCGGAGGUGCCGACACGACGGGCGCGAGUCCUCCGGGAGAUCACUGGUUUGACGGCCUGCAUACAGGCUGUGGCCUGAACGCUUGCCAAAUGCACUAUGCCAGCGGGGGUGUUUUUUUUGCCUCCGACAACGACUGCAUGGCGGCCAUGCGCCAGGCCACGGCGACGGCCAGCCCGCCGUCCGACGUUGCCGUUACGGUCACGAGCAGCCCGCCGGUCGUGUCGUCGGCCAACGAGGAGGAGACCGACGCGGACCUGUUGGCCAGGCUGCUGGGGCUGGGCGAUGGCCAGUCCGAUGGCCAGUCAGCCGCAUGUCCUCUGGCCCUGCCGUCUGUGGCACCAUGCGGCACAAAAGAUCACGUGACAUCGACAUCGCUAUCGCUGCAGGUCCAGAACCGCAGUGGCAGUCCAACCGCUGCUGUGGCGGGCAGCACGCCCCGACAGGUCGAUCUGGGCCAAGCGGCCCCUGGCAUGGCUGCUGGAAGCAGCAGCAGCAGCUUUGACAGCAGCAGCGGCAGCUUUGACAGCUUUGGCAGCUUCGACAGCUUCGACCCUACAGCACUGUUUGCCGAGCACUGCGCCGGGUCCUGGGAUCUGGACGAAGUUGCCGCAGCUACUGACGACAUGAAUGUGGCCUUGGGGUCGGCCUUGUCGACGCUCCAUCAGGCUGGCGAGCUGUCCGACAUGGUGGUGCCUAGCACGGCCGCCGGCCCACAGACGGACGCCGACGACCUCAUCGACAACAUCCUGUUCGGCGCCGACGUCACGGCCAACGCGACCUUUCUCGUCGAUGGCGGCUGCAGCCGCAGUGGUGGUCUUGAUGACAGCGGCAACAACUUGAACAACUCCGCAGCCGCGGACGGGAAACCCAUUGACCUCGCACAGUAG